AUGUUCGCCCAGGAACACCGGAUCUUUGCGGUCAUGGCCUUUGUCGCCGCCACAUCGGCCAGCAACAUCAAGGCCCGCGACGUGGACGACUGCAUGGCCGCCGCUUCCACCGUCAUCGAGAAGGCCGACGGCAUCCCCACGCCGCCCAGCAGCCUGGCGUCCUACAUUGCCAAAGAGACGACCUGGUCCUCGGCCACGGACGCCUGCGAGAUCCCCGCCGUCACCGGAUCCAUCGCCUCCGGCUACUCGUCCUACAUGUCUGAGCUGUCGAGCUGGUACGUCAAGAACAGCGAGGUCGUCAACUCCUUCGUUGCCGCAUGCACCGACAUCCCCGAGGUGUCGGAGCAGUUUGGCGGCGUCACCGUGCCCACCGGCUGCGACUCAAUCAAGUGGGAGAGUCCCGCUGUCACGUCCACCUCUACCUCCAAGACCUCCACCUCUGCCUCCAAGACUCCCACCUCUGCCUCCGAGGCUCCCACCUCUGCCUCCGAGACUCCCACCUCUACCUCCGUGACUUCGACCGAGUCUGGCAGCUCGACUGCCGCGACGCCCUCGCCUUCUUCCAGCGGCAGUGACGACUCCUCGUCCUCGUCCUCCACCUCCUCUGACGACAAGCCCGAAAACUCGGGUACUCGCCAGACUGGCGCCGUCGCCGCCGCCGUCGCCAUGGCCGCUCUCGUCGCCUUUGCCCUGUAA